AUGGUAUCAUCUAUCAAAGACCCCGAUGCGGUGAAGAGCUACAAUGGUGCCAGUCUGCGAAUUGCCAUUGUUCACGCACGGUGGAACAAUCGCCUCAUCGAAUCCCUCAUCACCGGGGCCAAGAGUCAAUUACUAGAAGCUGGAGUGAAGGAAGAGGACAUCGUUCUGGAGAGUGUGCCAGGGAGCUAUGAACUUCCUUUUGCCGUGCAAAGAAUCAUCCACACAUCACAAACCUCUAGAGACAAUAUAGCCUUCGACGCGGUCAUUGCCAUCGGGGCCUUGAUCAAAGGGGAGACCAUGCAUUUCGAGUACAUCUCCGAGGCGGUCUCCCAGGGACUCAUGCGGGUUCAGCUGGACACACACGUCCCUGUGAUAUUCGGGCUUCUGACUCUCUUGACGGAGCAACAGGGGCUUGAGAGAGCAGGGUUGGCGGGAGAGCACUGGGGACGGGCGGCGGUGGAGUUGGGGGUGAAAAAUCGCGAGGACUGGGUGGCGGGGGGUUGCAGGUCGGCACUCGGUUAG